AUGGGAGAACUCACGCCUUUACAAAAGGAGGUAGUUGCAGGAUUAACAGCUGGUACUUUAACCACUAUAACUGUUCAUCCAUUAGAUUUAGUUAAAAUUCGAUUACAACUACUGGCAACAAGUGCUCAUCGGUAUGGUUACCGCGAAGUAGCGCAGUCAAUAGUAUCAAGUUCACAAAGAUCUCAUAUUCUAAAGGAAGCCUAUAGGGGUUUAGGAAUCAAUCUUGUUGGUAAUGCACUUGCAUGGGGAGUUUAUUUUGGUCUUUACAGAGAGGCAAAGGACCUGAUCUACGGAUGGGCAAUACAGGAUUGUGAUCAAGUGGUUAAAUUUACUGAUAGAGAUGGUAAAAUGUCAUCAUUGAUGUAUUUAGGUGCAGGUGCUUCUAGUGGUCUCUUAACUGCAAUUUUGACAAACCCCAUCUGGGUUCUGAAGACAAGAAUUAUGUCUACAAGUAGUUAUGCUUCCGGUUCAUAUCGUUCAACAUGGGAUGGCGUUAAAAGAUUAUUACAGGAUGAAGGCGCUAGGGCAAUGUGGCAUGGAUUACUGCCGUCAAUGUUUGGAGUUUCUCAAGGUGCAAUAUAUUUUAUGAUUUAUGAUACUUUAAAAAAUAGGUUCAGUUCCGUAAGAUAUAGAGAAGGUAGAACCAAUGACAGUAAUAAUAAUCCGAGAUUAAAAAAUACAGAGACAAUCGCGAUGACCACUUUGAGUAAAAUGAUUUCUGUAAGUACAGUCUAUCCAUUUCAACUGCUAAAAUCAAAUUUACAAAGUUUCCAAUCGGCAACAGAAAAAUAUACCCUAUACCGACUGGCCAAUCGGAUCUACAAGCUAGAGGGUAUUGGGGGUUUUUACAGAGGUCUUUCGGCAAAUUUAAUCAGAUCUAUACCUUCCGCAUGCAUUACAUUUUGCGUCUACGAGAAUUGUAAACGUUACUUGUGA